AUGAACGUCAUCUACUACGCAAGUAGAACGCUAGAUGAUGCUCAAACCCGUUAUGCGACGACCGAGAAAGAAUUGCUUGCCGUAGUGUUUGCUUUUGAUAAGUUCAGGAGCUACAUUGUGGGAUCAAAGGUCAUAGUUCACACCGAUCACGCAGCUCUCAAGUAUCUCUACACCAAGAAAGAUGCUAAACCGAGGCUGAUAAGAUGGGUUCUCUUGCUUCAAGAGUUCGAUAUCGAGAUCGUCGACAAGAAAGGCACCGAGAAUAGCGUGCCGAUCAUCUAUCAAGAUUGA